AUGUUCUCCAUCACGUCGAUGUACAGCACACACGCGAGAUGCACGGAGGAAUCCUCCUCGAGCAUGGACGCGUCAUCGCGCGAUAGACGCUCGGUCUCGCCGACCGUGUCGGUCAAUCUGACGAGUUACAGAAACAGAAGCUUCGACCUGGACUUCGAGGAAAAGCCACUGGAAGCUUGCCACUCGUUGUACUUCCUGCUGGAUUUCUUCCAUCAGUAUUACAUUCCGUCGAUCAUCCUGCUAGGGCUGGUGGGCAACCUGUUGUCCUGCGUGGUGUUCCUAAACACACACCUCAGGAUACGAAGCUCCAGUUACUAUCUGGCGGCGUUGGCCACCGCCGACUUUGGCUUCUUGAUCACUCUGCUGCUAGUCUGGCUGAACAACACCAUCGGUUGGAAGGUGUUCAACAAAGACGGCUGGUGCGAGACCUUGGUCUACGUGAGCGCUGUUUGCAGCUCAUUGAGCGUCUGGUUGAUCGUCGCGUUCACGGUGGAGAGGUUCAUCGCCGUUCAGUAUCCCCUGCACAGACCUCACAUAUGCACCAUAGCCAGGGCGAAGACCAUCGUGCUGGUGCUGGUGAUCCUCGCUCUGGCCAGUCACUCGUACUCCUUUGUCACGGCUGGCGUAACCAUCAGAGACGGGGAGGAGUAUUGCGACCUGAAGGUGGAAUACUUGGAGACAAUGAAGAUCAUCAGCAUAAUCGACAGCAUCGCCAGCUUGAUCGCGCCGCUGGUGCUUAUCAUCGUGAUGAACACCAUGAUCAUGAGGAACCUGUUGCGAUUCAGCAGGCGAUUUAAAACCUCGACGACGUCCACCGACUGUCCGAGCAGGGACCGAUCAGACAUCAAUCUGAAUCAGAUUCCGAAUCACAAUAUUGCACAAUAUACCACACGUAUGUGGCGUGUGACAGCUCACUCAGACUGCACUGUGUCUAGACUGUUUAAAAUCGUUCUUAGAAAAACAAAUGCAUUGCUGUCCAUUGUAUCAUUAUGGAUGCGUCUGACGUACGUCACAUCAUCGAACGCAAUGCACAUAUAA